AUGGGCACUUAUGCUGGAGCCUGGUUCAAGGGACUGCGGCAAGGAUUAGGAGUUCGGCACUCGUUUAUUACCCUUUCUACCUGUCCUCAGAGAACUUUCUACGGCAGUUCAAGUUUGACAAAUCUUGAAGAGGCCCAUCUAAACCCUGAAUCUGGGUCCACAAUGCUUAGUUUAGCAAGUCCAGUUUCGGUAUUAAAUUCUAUAGAUGACAGCAUCUCUGGUUCAUUGGACCGGUCUCCUGACAAAGGCCAAUCAAUUAUUUCUGUGGGUGGGCGUUGUGUCAGAUCCUCCUGGGGUUUAGAAAACAAACUUAAGCAUAGUGAUAUCGAGCGCAAUCUAAUGAUACCAAAGAAUUCCACUAGUGAAGUUGGAUUAUGCACCAAUCCUGCAUCAACUCCUGCCAGCCCCAGCUCAGCUACAUUAGCAGUAUCAAUCUCCACAUCGUCCUGUGUCAGUCGAAAGGCAAUGCUGGGGCGGGCUUUGAUGAGAAGACUCCGAAAACAGCACUCCACUGGCGAUAUAUUCCAUUCCUCGGCAAUGACUAACGGGACUGGUCCAGUUAGUGGUGCUGCAAGUGGCAGUAGCACCAUAAGUUCUGGAAGUGCUAGUGGGCUUGAAGCCGUCCGUGAGGGCCUUGGGAACUUCUGUGCCAGUAUCAGCAGAGUGGCUGGCACAUUGACAGCAGAACAGAACCGCGGUGGUUCUAGCGCCACAUUGCCCCUUCAGCUGCCUCUUCCAAAUAUUAUUCCGUCUGAGAUGAACAAGUUUGAGGCAAAA